UCAGACAUGGCGCGUGUGUGCACGACUCCUAAAAUUUUACCUAAAAUUUUAUUUUUCUCUUUUCUAUUGUCUAGUUUUCCAUGUUUAAUUAGUGCAAACCGUGAACUUGAUGAGGAAAAUUGGAAAGAAAUCCUUAAAGGCGAAUGGAUGGUGGAAUUCUACGCACCAUGGUGCCCCGCCUGCAAUGCACUGGCUCCGGCCUGGAAGGAGUUGUCGACCCGCGCUAACCAGAAGACCCUUACGGUGCGCACGGCUGCUGUCGACGUCACUAAGUCACCAGGGUUAAGUGGAAGAUUUGUGGUCACCGCAUUACCAACCAUAUACCAUGUGAAAGAAGGUGAGUUCCGCCAGUAUAAGGGGCCGCGUGACGCAGAAGCCAUGCUCUCGUAUGUGGAACAGCAGCGGUGGAAGCAGUCAGAUCCGAUCCCCGGAUGGAAAGCACCAGACUCAUUCCAGAUGACCGUCGUCGCGGAAUUCUUCAAGCUCAGCCAAGCGCUCAGGAGUGUACACACAAUGCUGAUGGAGACAUACGGUCUACCCACAUGGGGCUCGUACCUUAUAUUUGCUGUGGCAACUAUAUUCGUCGGCGCCAUACUCGGAUUGAUACUUGUGUGCGUAAUCGACCUGCUGUACCCGCCGCGCCGCUCCGAUAAGGUGACCAUCACUCGCUCAGAACUAGAAGAGCUGGCUAAAGGGGACCAGAGGAGACCUGAUGAUGAACAGGCGCUACUUAACGAGGACAUCGUGGACGACGCUGAAACCGCUAACAGUGAUGCUGAAAAGAACUCCGGAAGUGAUUCAUCGGACGAGGAGAAAGAGAAACCUGAAGAAGGCGCCGACGCGAAAACCGAAGGAAAGGACGAGAAGACUAACGAGGUCCGCAAGCGGAGGCCCAGGAAGGCUGAUUAAAUACAGGAGGAUGCAAAAAUAAGUCCCAUCUUACCAUCAGGCGAGAAAUGGCUACGUAAGUCUAGUGACAAUGUAUAUGUUGGAAGACAAGCUGGUACAAAUCAUGGCUGUGUUUCUAUUUAAAGGAUACGGUAAUUAAAUUGCUAAAGCAUAACACCUUGUGCUCAGGAAUGGUAUCACAAUGCUAUUUGUGUUUGUAUACGACGGCAGUUUACCAUCAGGCGGGCCGUCAGCUUGCCAUUCCAGUCAAAUGAUACGAAUUAUAUUUGGGUAAGUGUGAAUUUGAGAUGGGUACCAAGAUUUUUCACCAAAAUAUAUGUUGCACAAAUAUUUUGGUGUAUCCAAAUACGGUGUUUUAUGCAUGAUUUAGAACAUAUGAAACUUGAUGUUUACGGUCUAAAUGUUUAAACAUAUUGUAUGCAAGUAGAAUAUAAUAUGUUUUCGGUGUAAAUUCUGUAGUAGUGUUCUACUUCUUGUUAUGUCAAAAUAUUGAUGUAUUGUCAUCCACACAUUGUCAUUAGUUUUAUGUUCAUGCCUGUUACAAUAUUACACAAUAUACUUACAAACUUAAUAUCAAUUGAAACCUUAAAUAAUUGAACGAGACUUAUUUUUGUGAUUCUCAUGUUGUUCACAUAAACUAGCGUCAUCUUAUAAACGUCACAUCACUAUAACACGUAAAAUUAAAUGACUAACAGCGCGUACUUCCGCGAGAACGAUAAAAAUAGUGAUUGAAAACUCUAGGAUAUUUCAAUUUUGGUCUAAAUAGAAUUUAAGACCUUCCCAAUAUGUUCAAUAAUUGGGAUAGGCAUAUAUAUUUACGGAAAUGACUGAUUUUUUAGGUUAGACCACGAAUAUGCCUGAUAUGCGUUGUCUAACCUAAAUGGUGUAGCUCGUAAUUUAUUGUGAGAUUGAUAAAUAAUCAGACCUUAAAUAAGGCGUUACUUAUCGGGCUGUAGGUCGCACAACCUCUGAAGUUGGAGGGUUAAGGGAGUCCGUAGUAAAGGCAACGAAAGUGUUUUCAUCUGUACUGUUCAUGUCUAUAGACGACGGUCAGGACUGACCGUCAGGUAUAGCUACAAGCGAUGAACAUGAUAAAAAUGUUUAAAGACAUAUAGCCAACGUUUCUAUUACGUAAAAAAUAUUUUAUAUAGCGGACUCGAGACCACAGACUAUUUUUAACUUAUAAAAUAAAAUUGCAUUUAACAAAUUUCGUUAUUGUGAAGUGUCUCUUCACUUCUUUUAUUACACUAGUUUCUGACAGCGACUGUGUUCGCUUGACCAGUAUGAGAUGUAGUAUGUCAUUCUGCAUACUACAUCCAUGCCAAAAUUCAUUACGAUUGGUUAUGCCCUUUGGGCAUGAAAGACUAACGAACGUACUUUGGCAUUUAUAUUUCUUAGGAUUUAAAGUUGAAAUUAAAAGACCGCGUCCAAAAGAAACGGCGUUUUAAAAGUUAGGUUGCAUUUUUUCAUUAUGUACUACCCUCCAUCUACUACUUAGGGUAGUAUAAAAUUAAGUUUGAAUCACGGGGUGAACUAAAUAGAAGAGUAUUUCAAUAGAUAACCAUUUUAUUGUAAUCUAGUGCCAAUAAUUAAACCAUUAAGGUUUCUUUCCACUUUACAUAUAACUGUCUAUAAUAACCGAUUCAAUAUAAUCACUAAAUGUUAUAAUAUUAGGUAGCUGUUAUCUAAGUAUCUUUGUCGACUUAUAUAUUCUAAACUACCAAAUUAAAUUUAUGUGGUUAUAGAUAUAUAGAUGAAUUUAUUCAGGAAAUGUAUUCUUAUGAAGUUGAAAUUAAAGUUGAUGUUUUUAACACCCCAGCAAAGCAGGGGUGGAUCGAGUCUAUAUAUGAAGAAAUUCUAUAUUUGUAAUUCUAAAUUUGAGAAAACAUAUAUGUAUGUUAAUAUAUUUAUGUAUAAAAUCUGUGUGUUUUUGUAAGAGUUUUAAACAAUAAUGUUUGGACAUUUUCUUCUGUUUGGUUCAACUCUAAAUCUCGAAAUUGUAUCGUAUUUUGUGUUAGUUAUAUUUUUUUUACGUUUUUUUUUUCGACGCGCAUUUAUAGUUAUUAUAUUUACACGAGUGAAACUUUGUCGCACCAAAUUUUAGUGUACGAACGAGGUUCUAAUUUAUUAUUUGAAACUGAUUUCAACAUUUUUUUUAUAAUCUCCAGUACAAAUGACACAAGCAAGCAUUUAUAAUUAUAACCAGAAUAUGUCGCUGCUGUUCCUACUGUAUUGUUUAAAAAAUGCAGUUUUUCAUAAUACAAAUCGUUAAUAGUAACUAUUAUUAUUUUAGUUGAUUUUUAAAAAGUGAUGUGUCAAGGAAAAACUAUUGACGUUUUAUCUAUUUUACCCCAUAUAGAGACAUUAUAUACAGAUAAAAUGAGAAAAAAAAGCAAUUUCAAUUAAUAAAUUAGAACCAUUAUGAUAAAAUUAUAUUUUUAGUUGUAAUCGUCCAUUAUAAUUCAAUUUGAAAGUAUUAUAUCUCUUUGUACCUACAUAAUUUAAUUAUUUUACAUUAAUUUUAAGUCAAUAUUUUAUUUCCACAGAAAAUUUGAAGAAAUACCAAGUGAAUGAAAUUUUAUUAAAUGCUAUCACACAUUCCUUUAAAAGGCUCAAUGAUAUGAUUAAUGAAUACGUACUUACGAGAUUUGUAUAUGUAUUUUUUUCUAUUUAUAAUAAAAUACUCAGUUUAUAAGGCUCUAUAUUAUUUCUUAUAAUAAUAACAGUUCUAUAGUGCAUGCAUAUUGAUAACCAUAGAUAAUAUUACUAAUCAAUAAGGUUUUGUGUAUUUCAAAUUAAAAACAAAAAAAAAUAGUCAUUGAAAUGUAUUACAAUUUAGACACUAAUUCGUAAUUGCAGGAUAUAAUGAUAACUUUAUUCUAUUAAUUCUAUAAUUCUCAUUAUUUCAGAUUUACAGUUGAUGAUAAUAAAAUCAUUUGAGAAUACUUAAAUGUAGCCAGACUUAAAAGUACGAAAAAUAAUUGCAAAUUUUCGUAGAAAUGUUAACAUUUCGAUAUUUUUUAAUCUAAAUCUGGAUUUAAGUAUCCCAUUUGGUAAAUCAUCUGCAAGUCUAUUCUAAGAACUUUUUAUUUUUAAUAUAUUCGAUGAUUAAACAUUUUUUCUUUCAGCUACUUUCAAUACUGUUUUAACAAAAUUGCUGUGUACAACGAUUUAAUUCGAUUGAUUUUUGUAUCUAUAUUAACUAUUGACCUACUUGUCUUGCUGGAUUAAUUAAAUUAUAUUCAUA